AUGAUCCUCUUUGAGAAAACCCUCUACCAGAAGACUGCUUUAGGCAAGCCAUUCGUUGACGUCUUGAAGGAAGGUGGUGUUCUCCCUGGUAUUAAGGUCGACAAGGGUACUGUUGAGCUCACCGGAACCAAUGCUGGUGCACGGUUCGCAAAAUGGCGCGUUGUGCUCAAGAUUGGCCCUAAUGAGCCAUCUCAGUUGUCCAUUCAAGAGAACGCUAAUGGGUUGGCUCGUUAUGCUAUCAUCUACCAGGAGAAUGGUCUAGUCCCCAUCGUUGAGCCAGAGAUCCUAGUUGAUGGAUCCCAUUCCAUCGAUAAGUGUGCUGAUAUGACAGAGCGCGUUCUUGCUGCGUGCUACAAGGCUCUUAACGACCACCAUGUCCUCCUCGAAGGAACUCUGAGAGGUUGA